UUGGAUGAGUAUUUUACUCUCGCUGUCCAAACAGCGAGCAGCAGCCUCUCUCUGGCUCCGUCCCCCUUGCAGGAAGAUCUGGGCUCUGGAGCCAGGGAUUAUGAAACUGAACACCAUGCUCUUCCUACAGACACCUUAGAACUGUGUCUUCCCAGUCUGAAAACACCUGCAAGGAAGGGGACAGUACUUUUCUAUUAAUAAAGCAAAUACUUCAUCUUGCUCUGAGAACCAACAGUAAAUGAUAACUCAUUUAUUUUAAUAUGAACAUUUUAUGUGGCAGCCAUCUAUGUUUUGCCAAUGCAAUGGCUUUAUUCCCAGUAGUGCUGUUUCUGGCUGCAGUGCUGCUUCCGUCUUUACCCACGGAAGGAAAGGAUCCAUCCUUUACUGCUUUGUUAACCACUCAAAAUGAAAUCCAAAAAGAGAUUGUAAAUAAACACAAUGAAUUAAGGAAAUCAGUCUCUCCGCCUGCCAGCAACAUGCUGAAGAUGGAAUGGAACAGAGAAGCAGCAUCAAAUGCCCAAAAAUGGGCAAACAAGUGCACUUUAGAACACAGCAAUCCAGAGGACCGAAAAACUAGUACAAAAUGUGGUGAGAAUCUCUAUAUGUCAAGUGAUCCUACUUACUGGUCAAAUGCAAUCCAAAGCUGGUAUGAGGAAGGCAAUAAUUUUGCCUAUGGUACAGGACCUAAGAGUUCCAAUGCAGUUGUUGGACAUUACACCCAGCUUGUUUGGUACUCCUCUUUCCGCAUCGGAUGUGGAAUUGCCUACUGUCCCAAUCAAGAAAGUCUAAAAUACUACUAUGUUUGCCAGUAUUGUCCUGCCGGUAACAAUGUGAGUAAAAAGAAUACCCCUUACCAACAAGGAGCACCUUGUGCCAGUUGCCCUGGUAACUGUGAGAAUGGACUAUGCACCAAUAGCUGUGAGUAUGAAGAUCUCCUUAGUAACUGUGAUUCCUUGAAGACAACAGCUGGUUGUGGACACGAAUUGCUUAAGGAAAAGUGCAAGGCUACUUGCUUGUGUGAAAACAAAAUUUACUGAGAUGCCCAGUGUGCAUUGCAGGACUAAGUGAUGAAGGCUGCAUCAUUUACUUAACACAUACCACAGGGGAUUGUAGGCAUGUUAGUUACAAAUACGGUUCCACACAGUAAUGCACUUCUUUCUCCUGGAUCUUUAUAGAAAUCUCUUUGAUACAGUGAUUUACAAAAGAAACAUAGUCUAUGAUGAGAACUUCAGACUUUGAUAGCAAUUUGGUACUUUAAACUUAAUGAAUUGAAUCAAGUUGAGAGUUUUGAACGUUGUCUAAUCAUAGAAUUUUGGUCACUGAAGCUUUGAGUCAAAAUGGAGAAGUACAUGUUUGUUGAAACAUCAUGCCCCCCCCCAAAAGAAUGUAACAUCAUUGUCAUUCUUACUACAUGAUUUUUUACUUGAAUAAAGAAUAAAUUCAAAGAUUGACAUGUA